AUGCAAGCUCGAAAUUCAAAUUUCUUCUAUGCAAUUGAUUUAGAUCAAGAUGGUCGGUUAAGAAAUGUAUUUUGGGUAGAUGCAAGAAGUAGGGCGGUAUAUGAGGAAUUUGGAGAUGUUGUUACAUUUGAUACAACCUACUUGACGAAUAAGUAUGACAUGCCAUUUGCUCCAUUUGUGGGGGUAAAUCAUCAUAGACAAUCAAUUUUACUUGGAUGUGGGCCGAUUUCAAGUGAAGAUACUGAUGCUUUUAUAUGGUUGUUUAAGUCUGGGCUUGCAUGUAUGCAUGAGCACGCUCCUAGGGGAAUAAUUACUGAUCAAGAUAAAGCCAUGAAAAAUGCCAUUGAGAUUAUUUUUCCUAAUACUAGACAUUGUUGGUGCUUGUGGCACAUAAUGAACAAGUUUCCUAGUAAGUUGAACCAUUACAAGCAAUAUGAAGCUAUUAUGUAUGCCUUGCAAAGUAUUGUGUAUGGCUCAUUGGAGAAGGUUGAGUUUGAAGAAGGUUGGGAUGAAAUAAUUGAGAAAUAUGAUUUACAAGACAAUGAAUGGUUGGUUGGACUAUAUAAUGAGAGACAACAUUGGGUACCAUGUUUUGUGAAAGAUAGUUUUUGGGCAAGAAUGUCUACCACACAACGAAAUGAAAGUGUGAAUGCAUUUUUUGAUGACCAUGUAAAUUCUAAGACUACUUUAAAGCAGUUUGUGGAGCAAUAUGAAAAUGCAUUGAAAGUUAAGGUGCAAAUGGAGAAGCAAGAAGAUUUUAAGUCUUCAUCCAUUGGUUUUGAUUGUGGAACUCAUUAUAACAUGGAGAAACAAGCUCAAGAGGUUUACACUAUUUCCAAAUAUAAAGAAUUCCAUGAUGAAUUAAUAGGAAAAAUGUAUUGCGACUAUCUUUCACAUAAAGUGAAUGGUGCAAAUUUUGAGUACCAAAUAUCUGAGGAUUUCAUGAUGGAAGGGAAAAAGGAGAGGCUUUAUUUCAAGGUUUGGCUUAAUGAAGAUGACAAUGAAGUCCGGUGCAAUUGUCGCAUGUUUGAGUUUAGAGGCAUAUUAUGCCGUCAUACAAUAUAUGUUUUUAUUCGCCAUAACAUUGACUUGAUUCUAGAAAAAUAUAUAAUGCGAAGAUGGAGGAAGGAUGUGAAAAGAUGUCAUACAAGGAUUGAAAUCAAUUCUGAAAGCUGUAGUCUCACACCUGAAGCACAAGGAUGUCAUAAGAUGCAAAAGGCUUUUGAUGAGAUUAAGGAAUUGGCAAAUGAUUAUGACAAUAAGUGCAUGAUUGUGAUGACUUGGAUGGAUAAUGUAAAGGAGGAACUCUCCAAACAUAAUGUUUUUUAUGGUAGUGAUCAACCAAAUCCUCAGUCACCUAUUGGUAGGAACAUUGAGAAUGAUGUUAGUUCAAUUCCGAAUCCAAGUCAAUGUAUUCUUACUCCCUUAGCAGCUAGAAAGAAAGGCCGUCCACCAUUUAAAAGGAGGAAAUCUCAGUCGGAGCAAGCAGUUAGGAAGAAACAAGAUAGUAAAAAGAAGAAACAAGAGAGUAACAAGAAAAUCAAAUCUUGUUGA